CUCACAAGCAUAGAAUUAACACCAAACGUCACUCUCCGGCGGUUAAUCCAAUCAUGGUGCACUCUCAAUGCUUCCCAUGGCAUCGAAAGGUUCCCUACACCGAGGCCUCCGGUCUGCAAACCCCAGAUCAUAAAGCUCCUCAAAGAAGCGAAAUUGCCUAAAAUGCAAAUGAAAUCUCUCAAGACCCUUAGAUCCAUCACUUCUGAGAACGACGCUAACAAACGCUGCAUGGAAUCUGCAAGGGCAGCAGAGUUCUUAUCCUCUCUUAUAAAUGAUCCGAAUGAAUUAUCGGAUGAAGUGGGUUUCACAAGUACUAAACACGAAGCGCUAAGCAUCCUUUACCAACUCAAAUUGUCUGAACAUGGAUUGAGGUCACUCAUCAUGAGUGUAAAUGGCGAGUUCAUCGAGUCGUUGACACGUGUCAUGCAACGGGGGAGCUACGAGUCUAGGACUUACGCGGUGAUGCUAAUGAAAGACAUGUUCGAAGCAUCCGCACCAACUCUAAUUUUGAGCUUGAAGCAAGAAUUCUUCACUCAAGUGAUUCAAGUCUUGAAGGAUGAGAUCUCUCCAAAGGCAACUAAAGCAUCAUUGCAAGUGCUAGUGCAAGCGUGUCCGUUUGGGACGAACAGAGGGAAAGCAGCAGAAGCAGUUAGGGUUUUGGUGGAUCUUCUGCUCGAUUCAUCGGAGAAAAGGGCUUGUGAAUUGAUGCUAAUUUUGUUGGAUCAAAUUUGUCAGACUGCAGAAGGUCGAGCUGAACUAUUGAACCAUGCCGGAGAAUUAUCCAUUGUUUCCAAGAAAAUCCUUAGGGUUUCUAAAAUAGGGAGUGAAAGAGCUAUCAAGAUUUUAUAUUCAAUCUCGAAGUUUUCAGCAACACCAAGUGUUGUUCAAGAGAUGUUGAGUUUGGGUGUGGUGGCAAAGCUUUGUUUGAUACUUCAAGUUGAUUGUGGCAGUAAGGCUAAGGAUAGAGCUAGAGAAAUUCUCAAAUUUCAUGCUAAGGCAUGGAGGAAUUCUCCUUGUAUACCUAUGAAUCUAUUAUCUUCAUAUCCAUUUUAGGAAUUAGAAUGAAAAGAGCAAAAAUUGC